AUGUACGGCAUGAAGAAGCAGAAGAAGCCGCAGCCUACGGAGCUGCCGGAGGAGCUUGUCUUGGAGAUCCUGAUACGACUGCCGGUGAAGUCUCUCCGGCGCUUCAAGUGCGUCAGCAAGGCCUGGCGCACCGAGAUAUCUGACCCCUCCUUCAUCCGCUCGCACCUCCAAUUCUCCGCCUCCAGAUGGGAGCAGAACCCAACCUUGCUCAUCACCCCGCACACGCUCGAUAGCGUCGAUCAAGGCGAGAACUGGCCGAAGACUUUCUCCAGCAACAUCCGCUUCUACCAGUGGCAGCAAGGUGCCUCCAAGACGAGGCUCGUCCAUGGCAGGGACUUCGACGGAGAGUUCAGCUCGGUUUGCUUGUUUGCCCACUGCGACGGCUUGGUGUUUCUCCCCACGGAUACCAUGGUCUACCUCUUCAACCCGGCCACGAGGGAUGUUCUCACCCUGCCGGAUAGUAGCCUUGACGCCACGUAUGGGGACGUCAACCUCCAUGUGGGGUUCGGUCGCGAUCCUCGCACCGGCAUGUACAAGGUAGUCCGGUCCUUCUUCCGUUCCAUAACGGGCAUCUACGACAUGGGGAUGGAGGUGUGUACCGUCGGCGGCAGCCCUGCUCUUGUUGGACAACGCCUAUUUGAUGCCGGUGGAGAUACUCUAAGGACAUGUACAAUAAAAGAUGCCUGA